CGUUCGGUAACAUCUCUUUAAAAUUUGUUUUCACGAAAUCACAUCCAAGCAGUCUUCGAGAAUAUUGUAAGACUAUUUAUGGGAAGUUUUAUUUUGGUUGGGUUUGUGUAUGUCGUGAUUUGAAUCUCUAGAUAACUCGCUAUCUUUGUUUUUUGUGUGUUUUGAGCCCGGGCGUCCAUUUAAAUGUAACCUGCCCUCCCCCGUAAGGUGCCGCGGCCCUAACAAAAGAUGGCGGCGUUCUUCGUUCACGUCUGCAGAUUCGGUGGUUGCGGGUUGACCUUCCCUUCCCUGGGCGACCUCAUACUCCACAUCGAGGACCAACAUAUAGAAUCGGACCCACUGACACUGGAGAAACAGGAGUUACAGCAGCCGUCCUCGCUCGCUCUGAGCUACAUCCACCGCUUCAUCACGGACGCGGCCCGGCGGGAACAGCUGGAGAACCUGAAGCGGAAACCUUCGCAGCGAGCGCUCUCUCCGGUGGCAGCUAUCAGGAGCAUCACUCCCACAGGGAGUGAGUUUGACGAUGAUGACCUGUCUAGCGAGUCUUCAGACAGCGACAACUCGUGGACCACGAGCGAUGACUUCACCUCCGAACUCAUCCUCAACUCCAUGACUCCAUCCAGUAAUGAGGAGAAACCAUUCGCCUGUCCAAUUCCAGGGUGCAAGAAAAGAUACAAGAACGUGAACGGUAUCAAAUACCACGCCAAGAACGGACACAGAAACGACGGCAAGAUCAGGAAGGCGUAUCGCUGCCACUGCGGAAAGAGUUACAAAACUACUCAGGGUCUGAAAAAUCACACGCUAUCCCAGCAUCCACCGAUAUCGCGCCAGUUGUCGGGGGCAACGCAAGUUGGACACGCCCUGAUGCCGAUGCUCCAGCAUCCGGAGAUGGCCAACUAGUAGCGGUUAGGAAAACGUGGGAACUUCGACUCACCCAAAACUCAUUCUCCUACGUAGAGACAUCCAACAGCGCCAGCAACUGCCUCUUGUCUGUACUCUGCUAUCUCAACCAUCACCAUCUGUUCCUGACCCCCUUGCUUAUUGAU